GUUUUUAAACAUUUGCCAUUACAAAAAAUGCUACCAUAAAUUGUCUUGUGCAUGCAUAUAUGUAGAUGCCAUUUUGCUCCUUUGUGAAUAUAUCUGUAGGAUAUACAUGGUAAUGCCAGAUUAGAGUUAUAUGCAUUUGCAUUUUUGAUCUGUGGUGCCAAGUUACCCUCCACAGAGGAAGUACCAGUCAUAACACCCAUCAGCAAUAUGUGGGCACUACAUAAUUUUUUUUUAACAGCUGCAUAUUAUUCUGUUAUAGGGAUUGCCAUAAUUUGUUUAAUCUGUCUCCUGCUUGUGAACAUUGAAAUCGUUUCUCUAUCACAUUUAUUUUGCUCUCAAAUCCGCACUGUUCUAUUGUACUAUGACUAAGCAACCCACCAUGAGGGAUUUGACAGUCUCAGGAGGGUCCUUGUGGUUAACUUAUUAUUGUCAUUAUCAUAACAACAGCACUACAAACUCUUUCCUAAGGGUGUCUGUGUCUAUGAUCUCACUUUUGUGGCUAGACCUCACCUCUAGCCCCUGGAAAUUUCUUCUGUGAACCCAGCAGGAUGACAUCCCUCAAGUCAAAUUCCACAGCUUUGAAGCAGAUCAGGAGAUCAGGGCCCCCUAAUGACUGAUUACACACAGCUCUGACCCCACACAGCUUCAAGCUUGUUGAUUUCUGCAGCCUUUCAUCCCUGCAUCCUGAAGAUGAGUCCACCUCUUCCCCAGUGGGAAAGCAAACAGUGGAGCAGGAAAAGCAUGAUGCAUGUCCCCCAGGCUAUGCAGAGGGGAAACACUCUGAUCUCUGCAGUGACUUGUUUGCAAAAGCCUUUCCCUUAAUGCCAGAGGACCCAAGAGAGAAGUGGGAAUGGGGACUGGCACCUGGAAACUGAAGGUUUAUUGGCAUGAAGCAAUAUACAAAGUGGUUUCGGCUGAGCAUCUCCAGCUUCUCAUAUCUUAGUACUGCUCUAGCCUCAAACUUGGAUAGUUUCAUACUGUUUGUCAAAGAGUUCCCAAAUAUUUAUAAGUUUUCAGAGAUGAUGGUCUUAGGGUAGGGACAGUUCUCAGAAAAGAGUGCUACAAUUCCUGCCAUGGUGGCUUUUUCUCAAUCUCCUUGGCUUCUCUAGAUUGUAUCCAACUAGAAAUCAGAGUGACAUUGAAAUGCUAGUAGAAAUUAUUUUGGCCAGAGACACAUGAAUAUUUAAAUCCUACCAAAGAAUAACCAAGAAAGGCAUAUAGUCAAGGAAGGUUAACAAAGGAAAACAGAGGAAUGCUUGAUUGAAAAAUGUGCUCCUUGACCCCUAAACCCAAUAUAGACAAUUCAUAUGAAGUUGUCCAAAGAGGAAGCCUAUCCUUACUCAAUUUCACCCAUCCAAAGAUCCCCAGCCACAGUUCUGGUGUACCACAAAAUGGCCAUGAGGGAAGAAGAGGGACGAGAAGGAGAUGACUACAACCCGUGAGCAUAGACCCUGGACCUUACCACCUUAGCAGCUUGGAAGGAAGACAAAAGAGAACCACACUUCUAUGGAUGCACCUCCAGGGGGAAGCAUGAUCAAGCAAGGACAAGCUGCUGCUGAAGGAAAAGGCAAAAGUGGGGAAGACUUUUUUCAAAAGAUUAUGGAGGAAACAAAUACGCAGAUUGCUUGGCCGUCAAAACUGAAGAUUGGAGCCAAAUCCAAGAAAGAUCCCCAUAUUAAGGUUUCUGGAAAGAAAGAAGAUGUUAAGGAAGCCAAGGAAAUGAUCAUGUCUGUCUUAGACACAAAAAGCAAUCGGGUUACCUUGAAGAUGGAUGUUUCACAUACAGAACAUUCUCAUGUCAUCGGCAAAGGUGGCAACAAUAUUAAAAAGGUGAUGGAAGAAACAGGAUGCCACAUCCACUUUCCAGAUUCCAACAGGAAUAACCAAGCAGAAAAAAGCAACCAGGUAUCUAUAGCAGGACAACCGGCAGGAGUAGAAUCUGCCCGAGUUAGAAUUCGGGAGCUGCUUCCUUUGGUGCUGAUGUUUGAGCUACCGAUUGCUGGAAUUCUUCAACCAGUGCCCGAUCCUAAUUCCCCCUCUAUUCAGCACAUAUCACAAACGUACAACAUUUCAGUGUCAUUUAAACAGCGGUCCCGCGUGUAUGGUGCUACUGUGAUAGUACGAGGGUCUCAGAAUAACACAAGUGCUGUGAAGGAAGGAACUGCCAUGCUGUUGGAACAUCUUGCUGGGAGCUUGGCAUCCGCCAUCCCCGUGAGCACACAGCUAGAUAUUGCAGCUCAACAUCAUCUCUUUAUGAUGGGUCGAAAUGGAAGCAACAUCAAACAUAUCAUGCAGAGAACGGGUGCUCAGAUCCACUUUCCCGAUCCCAGUAAUCCACAAAAGAAAUCCACCGUCUACCUCCAGGGCACCAUUGAGUCUGUCUGUCUUGCAAGGCAAUAUCUCAUGGGUUGUCUUCCUCUUGUGCUGAUGUUUGAUAUGAAGGAAGAAAUUGAAGUCGAUCCACAGUUCAUUGCUCAGUUGAUGGAGCAGCUCGAUGUCUUCAUUAGUAUUAAACCAAAGCCAAAACAGCCGAGCAAGUCUGUGAUUGUGAAAAGUGUUGAGCGAAAUGCCUUAAAUAUGUAUGAAGCAAGGAAAUGUCUCCUCGGACUUGAAAGCAGUGGGGUUACCAUAGCAACCAGUCCGUCCCCAGCAUCGUGCCCUGCCGGCCUGGCAUGUCCCAGCCUGGAUAUCUUAGCUUCAGCAGGCCUCGGACUCACUGGACUAGGUCUUUUGGGACCCACCACCUUGUCUCUAAACACUUCGACUUCUCCAAACUCACUCUUGAAUGCUCUCAAUAGCUCAGUCAGUCCUUUGCAAAGUCCGAGUUCUGGCACCCCCAGCCCCACAUUGUGGGCACCCCCACUUGCGAAUACUUCAAGUGCCACAGGUUUUUCUGCUAUACCACACCUUAUGAUUCCAUCUACUGCCCAAGCCACAUUAACCAAUAUUUUGUUGUCUGGAGUGCCCACCUUCGGGCACACAGCUCCAUCUCCGCCUCCUGGCUUGACGCCUGUUGAUGUCCAUAUCAACAGUAUGCAGACAGAAAGCAAAAAAAUCUCUGCUUCUUUAAAUGGACACGCACAGUCUCCAAAUAUAAAAUAUGGUGCAAUAUCCACCUCGCCGCUUGGAGAAAAAGUGCUUAGUGCGAAUCAUGGUGAUCCUUCCAGACCAACAACUGGAUCUGAGCAGGUGUCUCCCAAAUCAAAUCCUGCAGAAGGUUGUAAUGAUGCUUUUGUUGAAGUCGGCAUGCCUCGAAGUCCUUCUCAUUCUGGAAAUGCUGGUGACUUGAAACAGAUGAUGGGUCCCUCCAAAGUUUCCUGUGCUAAGAGGCAAACAGUAGAACUAUUGCAAGGCACGAAAAACUCACAUUUGCACAGCACUGACAGGUUGCUCUCAGAUCCUGAACUGAGUGCAGCAGAAAGCCCUCUGGCUGACAAGAAGGCUCCAGGGAGUGAGCGGGCUGCAGAGAGGGCUGCAGCCGCCCAGCAAAACAAUGAAAGGGCCCGCCUGGCCCCACGGCCAUCAUAUGUCAAUAUGCAGGCAUUUGACUAUGAACAAAAGAAGCUAUUAGCAACCAAAGCAAUGUUAAAGAAACCAGUGGUGACAGAGGUCAGAACACCCACAAAUACCUGGAGUGGCCUCGGGUUUUCUAAAUCCAUGCCAGCUGAAACUAUCAAGGAGCUGAGGAGGGCCAACCAUGUGUCCUAUAAGCCCACAAUGACAACCACUUUUGAGGGCUCGUCGAUGUCCCUCUCGAGGUCCAACAGUCGUGAGCACCUGGGAAGUGGAAGCGAAUCUGAUAACUGGAGAGACAGAAAUGGAAUAGGACCCACAAGGCAUAGUGAAUUUGCAGCUUCUAUUGGCAGCCCCAAGCGCAAACAGAACAAAUCAACGGAACACUAUCUGAGCAGCAGCAAUUACAUGGACUGCAUUUCCUCGCUGACAGGAAGCAACGGCUGUAACCUGAACAGCUCUUUCAAAGGCUCUGACCUCCCUGAGCUCUUCAGCAAACUGGGCCUGGGCAAAUACACAGACGUCUUCCAGCAGCAAGAGAUUGAUCUUCAGACAUUCCUCACUCUCACAGAUCAGGAUCUGAAGGAGCUGGGAAUUACGACUUUUGGUGCCAGGAGGAAAAUGCUGCUUGCAAUCUCAGAAUUAAAUAAAAACCGAAGAAAGCUUUUUGAACCACCAAAUGCACGCACCUCUUUCCUGGAAGGCGGAGCAAGUGGGAGGCUACCCCGUCAGUAUCACUCAGACAUUGCUAGUGUCAGUGGCCGCUGGUAGCAGGACCCUUCAGGCACACGCCCGCCAACUCUGUCAAGUGGACACAGGAGCUCUGUGAACAGUCUUCACUGCACACCGUCCUCAGCACUCUGGGUGUCUGGUAUCAGGACCAAAGCAUCUUAUUCGCACCUGAACUUUGUGCCAGAAAGGAAGAAAAAAGAGAAGAUGUUCUUAUGUCACCAUACAGAAUGCCACAUGUGGAUCACUUUUUUUUUAAUGGCAAUUGGACAGAAUUUGCAAUAUGAGGAUAGGGCUUUUUUUUCCCGUUUUUAUUUACCUAUAUAACAUGUGCACUGAUUUUUUUUACUUAAAAUGAAGGAUGAGUUGACAUCUGGGAUGCCAGAAAACAUAGAACUUAUUUUGUUUGCUUUUUGGUAUUUGGGGAUUUUUAAAAAAAUAAUCAAAGUGGAAUUUCCUGGCACUGCUUUAGAGCAAUUGCUGAGGGCUUGCAGCACUUUACGCUUUCUAGCUUCUCGUCCUGUGGAAAUGCUCUCUUUCAUUUUCAUGUCACUUGAUGUAUUGGUACGAAUCGGAUUUAGUCACAUCUUUUCUGCGUUAAAUUUUUAUUUGAAUUAGUACUGGAUUAUUAGUUUUUGUGCAGAAUAUUCUGUGACUUUGGGAAAUAGUGACUCCACUUGGUUCUGGACCAGUUCUGUUCAUUUAUGUCAGCAUCCUAGGAACACUCAGUGUUGAACCUAGUUCACCGUAACAGGUACAAGCAAAGAAAGACCAAAUGGACUUUGCAAUAUUAACCCUUUGCAGUCAUCAUAUUUAGCUGCUGCCUUUAUUGCUAAAAUGAUCUUAAUGGUUAUCUGAAGGCAAAGGGCUAUUCUUAGUAUACUGCCACUAAAGGACACUUAUUUAUAUCAAACUUUUAUUUUUAGAUAUUAUAAGCAUACAGUACAUAACUGAUUAAAUUGAUAUCUACUAGAGAUUUAUGAUAGAGAAUGGACGGCAUUCAAUAACUGGAGCCCUAGAUUGUCACUUUAUUUAAAAAAGACAAAUAAUCAUCUGACAAGACAGCACUGUUGCCAUUAGGAGGAGAAAUACAUUACUGUCUUUAUGUACACAUUAGCUGUGCUCCAUAUGGUCACAGGACUUUCCUAAAACCACAUCUGUCUGCUUGAAGUAGACUUGGGUUUGUUGAGAAUGGAAAGGCUUUAUUUGAGUCUCCAGGGUAACAAUUUAUAAAGACAGCUGAAUUCUGAAGGAGGGGGAAAAAAAGACUAUUUUGUAAGUGGCUAACUCAUCGUUACAAUCUUAUACUGUGAAAGUCCAAGAAAUCAGGCAACAUUGUUUCCUAGGUCUUUUCAGACAUCUUCUUAUGGAUUUAUGAAGGGUUUUCAAUCCAUGAAGAAAAUCACUAAGUGCCUUUCUUUCUUUAAAGCAUUAUUAUUUCCAAGUGUAUUAAUUUGUUGGAAAACUUUCCCAUAGGAAAUGUUGUGACUUACCUGUACUGUAAUGACUUAUUUAUGUUCAGUAUUCAAGACUUUCUACGUGGACAUAAACCACUGUCACGUCCUCUCCUCAGAAGGCAUUAGAUAAUCAUACAGAACAACUGGGGACUUUCAUACAAGUGCGGGAUCAGAAACACUUGUCUGACAUUUUUCCAUGGCUAAGUGUUACCAUUAAGGUAAGAACAAGAAUUAAAAUUUUGCACAGAGAAAAAUUCACUUAAAAAAAUUGGUUACCUUGAAGGCAUAGAUAAUGGACCUGUCAUAAAAUUAUCAAUUGUAACGGCUCUAAGGGGAUGUAGAACUAACUUGCUCCCUGUGCAAAUACAAUGGUAUCAUCCUGCACACGUCACAUGUAUGCAGGUCACUACGGGAAGCUCCCUGCCUUAUGGGGCUGUAUGAACACAUCAUGCUACACAUUCAGCACAGGGUAAGAAUUCCAGAUCUGUUUCCUGUUCAACAACUAUACUUACUAAGAUCUUCCCAAAUAGAAAAUAAUCAUUUAGAGUUUUAUCCCAGCUCUCAACCUGUUGCAUCUGUAGCAGGAGGAAGAUGGAAUGGAUUUACAGUGUUAAGUUGAUACAGGUUUUAUGAACAGUGCUUUAAUAUUAUGCCAAAGGGAAAAGUGUCCCAAUUAAACUAGAUUAAAUAGGGUGGCUAAAAAAAAUAAAUAAAAACACUGGAAAUGACUUUUCUCACUUUCUCUUGAUGCAAUGAAGGGAAUAUGACACUACAGUAUACGGUGUUAUCAGUGUUAUAUGAUGCACAAAAUAUUUGGAUUAUUUGAAUAAAUGUUAGUUUUUAAUCAAUCUGUGCCUUAAUAGUGACCGGUUAUCUGUAAAUAUAGAACAGAUACAGAUUGUAUUUUUGUGUGGGUUUUUUGUCCUUUUAGUGAUUUUUUUUUAAAAAUGAAAGAUGGAAUUAAACAUUGAAAAUGGGAAUUUUUCUAAACUAAUCAAUUGUUAUAUGAAAAAUAAAUUUAUAUAAUCCGUUUGUAUUGCC